UGUGUGUUUUCCCCCUUCCUCUCCCCUCUUUUGUCCCCUCUCUCGUGUGUGGGUGCGUGCGUGCGUUUUUUGGUGGCUCCCCUCAAUGUGGACGACUCCCGCGGAUUUGUCCUUCCUUUGUAACCGGGAAAUGAAAUAAUGGCGACCCGUUGGGCAACGGGACCACCCGGGGGAGAUGGAGACGCCCGCCCGCCCGAAGGCACCGCGAGCUGCGGCCAGGCAUCAAAAAAUAAAGAUGGACAGGAACAAAAUGAAGCUGUUUCCCUUUCAGAGGAUGAAGAAAUGGUCUCUUGGUCUGGCCUCAAAACAGUAGUUUUACGAAGAUCGAAACAUGGUUUUGGCUUCACCUUAAGACAUUUCAUUGUUUACCCCCCAGAGUCUGCUGUUCAAUCUUCCUUAAAGGAUGAAGAGAAUGGAAAUGACAGUGGGAAGCCACGAAACAGAUUGGAGCCUAUGGAUACCAUCUUUGUUAAACAAGUUAAGGAAGGUUUGCCUGCUUUUGAAGCUGGAUUAUGCACAGGUGACCGAAUAAUAAAAGUGAACGGAGAAAGUGUUAUAGGGAAGACGUAUUCCCAAGUAAUUGCUUUAAUACAGAACAGUGACAAUGUAUUGGAACUUAGUGUUAUGCCAAAAGACGAGGACAUCCUUCAGCUGCUGCAGUUUUCAAAGGAUGUCACAGCCCUGGCAUAUUCCCAUGAUGCCUACCUGAGAGGUAAUGAAGCCUACAGUGGUAAUGCCCACGAUAUACCUGAACCACCACCAAUAUGUUAUCCCCGCCUAAAGUCCCCAGCUUCUGUCAUGGCACAACCUCUAGAGAAAGCACCUUCUGACUCUUCACUGGGAAAGCAGCAAACUAGUAGACCUGUUCGAACAUCAGCACAACCAGAUAAGGCCUACAGAAUGGAAAUACAAGUGCCUCCAUCCCCAACAGAUAUUGCAAAAUCCAACACAGCUGUCUGUGUUUGCAAUGAGACUGUAAGAACUGUUGUUGUGCCUUCUGAGAAGGCUGUAGACUUGCCAUCCUGUAGAACAAAUCAUACUGGUCCAACACACCGAACGGAAGAAGUCAGAUACAGUUUAAAGGAACAAACCAGUCUAAAAACAAAAACACGAACCACAUCACCGCCCGCUUCAGUGUCUGCUGCCAUUGUACUUCCCCAGACUCCACUUACAAGGCCAUUAGAUCCUGCUGGACUGGCUAGCAAAUCUGGAAGCUGUGGAGGGCAUCCAGAAGGAAUCUCAAAUUCUAGAACUUCUGCUCAAACAGCAGGUAUUCCACCUGUCACUACUAAUCACUAUACUUCUCCAAAUGCCCACCGACACAUAGACUGGAAAAACUACAAAACCUACAAAGAAUACAUUGAUAACAGACGUUUGCACAUGUAUGGCUGCAGAACCAUACAGGAAAGGUUAGAUAGUUUAAGGGCAGCAUCUCAAAACACAAUAGAUUAUAAUCAAGUGGUACCAAAUCGCACUUGUCCACAGGUACGACGGAGGAGCGCCUCUCAUGAUAGGAUUCUGCAAUCUGUUCAAAUCCGACAAAGGAGCAUGUCCCAGGAAAGACUCGAGGAUCCUGUACUAAUGAAAGAUUGGCCAAGGAGUGUCUCGCAGGAUGCUCUAAUCUCACCAAAUGUCAGUUCCCGUGAUAAUCGGACACGGUCCUGGGACUUAAUAGACAAGCAGGGUGAAACAUUAGAAAACUUCCACACAGAGAAUCUGGUUGUAGAUUUAAGCAGAGAAAGAAAUAAGAGUUACAAAUGGCCUGGAUUUACCAAACCAGAUGAUCGCCGAGGUAUUUAUGAGAGAUCUCGGCCUCAUGCAUUUCACAUGUCUCUUCCUGGUUCACCUUUGGUUCCAGGUGCUUGUAGUCCAGACAGUAGGAGAAUGGGCAGUAGAUCCACACCACCUGCCUCCCAGUUCCAGAAGGUCUCACCAGAUGUAAAACCACUGCAGCAUCUCAGAGACUUUUCAGUAGCUGUUGGGGCUUCAAAGUCUGCAAGCAUUUUUCAGGAAAGAUCACCUCAUGUAACAGCUAGAAGCACAAGAAGCAGCUCUUUGAAGACUUCUGUACCCUAUGCAGCAAAACCAUCGCUUCCCCUUAAUCAGAGUCGAGAUGAUGUUACUACCAAAGACCAAAGAGAAGUAAAUCAUAUACAUCCCAGUGGUUUGUUAGAUGAGCAGUCAGGAAUACAACUGGAAAGUAUACCAGACCAUAAAACAGAACUAGGCAUGAGCACCCUAUCCCCUACUUCUUGUAUAGCUGCGGCCAAAUUUGUCCCUCAGAUUAGUGAGCACUUAACUACCUCUGUUAACUUAGAUGUCUCUGUCGGAGAGAAGGUUGAAGAUGAAAGUGUGAAAGAGGCUAGGAUGCAGGCAACAGAUGACGUAGUUGAUGAUGCAGAAGCAGUUACCUUGCGAGAAAAGUCUCCUUCUGGCCAUCAAACACCACAGCCUUUGCGGCAUCAGUCCUACAUUUUAGCUGUAAAUGAUCAAGAGCCUGUCCCUGACACUAUUUGUUGGUUGCCCAAUGAUGCACGUCGAGAGGUCAAUAUAAAAAUAAUAGAAGAAAGGAAAGGCUUUGGCUCCAGUCCGCCUGGUGACUCCCUGGCAUCAAUCCCAUUUAUAGAUGAACCAACUAGCCCUAGCAUUGACCACGAGGUUGCCCACAUCCCAGCCUCUGCUGUUAUUUCAGCAUCUUCCUCACGAGCACCCACCAUCACAACUGUCCCUCCUAGCCCCACUUCUCUUGUCCCUUUAAUUCGACGUCAGCUGUCACAUGACCAUGAAUGCUUGAGAACCGACAUUCAGGACGACCAGCUCAUAACGAAAAAUGAGAGGUCUAAAUCUUAUGACGAAGGACUGGAUGAUUACAGAGAAGGAAAAGUGUCUCUAAAGCAUGUAGCUAACUUCAAGGGAAUCAAGGCCCCAGACAGCCAAACGUCUUCAGAAAACUCAGGGUCCAGAACAGCUUCUUCUUCAGAGGUCUUUGGCGAUGUCACCAAGGAAGGAUGCCUCUAUUUUCGACAGCUAGUCACAGACAAGGGAAAGAGAGUUGGAGGGAGUAUCCGGCCAUGGAAACAGAUGCAUGUCGUUCUUAAAGGCUGUUCCCUCUACUUGUACAAGGAUAAAAAAGAGCAAACGGUUCCAUCUGAGGACGAACUGCCAAUCAGUAUCAAUGCUUGCUUAAUAGACAUUUCAUACAGCGAAACAAAGAGGAAAAAUGUAUUUCGGCUUACCACCUCAGACUGCGAAUACCUGUUUCAGGCAGAAGACAGAGAUGACAUGUUGGCAUGGAUUAAGGCUAUACAAGAGAGCAGCAAUUUAAAUGAGGAGAACACCGGUGUGACCAGCAGGGACCUAAUCAGCCGAAGGAUUAAAGAGUACAGCACAAUGAUGAAUGCUUCUAGCGGCAAAACAGAGCCAUCCCCCAAAACACCUCGUCAGAGCUUAAGCAUCAAGCAGACAUUCCUUGGCGCUAAAACUGAGCAAAAGACCCAAAGCCCACAUUCUCCAAAGGAGGAAUCUGAAAGGAAGUUUGUUGCUAAAGAAAAAGACGAGACGAGCCCACCAAAAGACAAAGGUACAUGGAGAAAAAACAUUCCCAAUAUUAUGAGAAAAACUUUUGAGAAGAAGCCAUCUGUAGCUGGGACCUUUGGAGUCAGACUGGAUGACUGUCCUCCGGCUCAAAGCAAUAAGUAUAUUCCUCUUAUUGUUGAUGUAUGCUGCAAGCUUGUUGAAGAAAGAGGUCUUGAGUAUACAGGUAUUUACAGGGUUCCUGGAAAUAAUGCUGCUAUCUCAAGCUGCUGUGGUUGUGAGUAGACUAACAAGAAUUUUCUCUCUCUCAAUUCUUAGAAAUGGCGAGACUUGAAUGUCAUAAGUAGUUUACUGAAAUCAUUCUUUAGGAAGCUUCCGGAGCCACUCUUCACUAAUGACAAAUAUGCAGAUUUCAUAGAUGCAAACAGAAAAGAAGAUCCUGUGGAACGACUGAAAACACUAAAAAGGCUGAUCUGUGAUUUACCGGAACACCAUUAUGAAACACUCAAAUUUCUGUCUGCACAUCUAAAGACUGUAGCAGAAAAUUCAGAGAAGAACAAGAUGGAACCAAGGAACCUGGCAAUCGUAUUUGGUCCAACUCUUGUGAGAACAUCCGAAGAUAACAUGACGCACAUGGUUACCCAUAUGCCUGAUCAAUACAAAAUCGUAGAAACGCUUAUCCAAAAACAUGACUGGUUUUUCGCAGAAGACGAUGAAGAACCUCUUACAGCAGUUCAGGAGGAAAACACUGUAGAAUCUCAGCCAGUGCCAAACAUAGAUCAUUUACUCACCAACAUUGGAAGGACGGGAGUAUCUCCUGGAGACGUAUCAGAUUCAACUACUAGUGACUCUACCAAAUCUAAGGGUUCUUGGGGAACUGGAAAGGAUCAAUAUAGCAGGGAACUGCUUAAGUCCUCCAUCUUUGUAUCAGCUAGUCGCAAGCGGAAAAAAACAAAAGAGAAACCGCAUCCUAGCAGCUCUGAAGAUGAGUUUGAUAAUGUCUUUCUCAAGAAGGAGCCUGCGGAACACUGUCACGGUGGCUCAGCUAAAGAGGAUGCGCCUAGAGAUGAGGUAGAGAAGAAGGCGGGUGGGAGAAAGCAGACAGCAGCAGUUCUAAAAGAGAACAGUGUUAGAAAAUCUUCUGCACCAAGCAAAGAGGAAAACGUGUUGCCAAGGAAAGAGAGGGCACUAUCAGAUGAUCCCUCAUCAGUUUACCACCAAAAAUCUAUGAGAUCUCCAAAUCUCAGCUUUCGGCUGAGUACACCUAAAGAUUGCACAAAACUGCCAGUCUUGCAGGCCUCUACUCCAAUGGAAGACACAGCCUCAGACUUAGGUACUAGGCUCAGCAGUUCUGCCCAGGGCUCUCUGCAGAGAUUCACCGGUAAGAAACUGGCCUACUCUGAAAGUAAAUGCAGUGAGGUCUUGAGAGCGGAUGCCAGCUCCAUCACUUCAGACUACUCAACAGUCUCAUCAACUACCUACCUAACUGGCCUGGAUUCCACUAUGCUGAUCUCUGAGAUGCAGUCAGUGAUGGAGAGCAAAGGAGAGGAGGCUGAUGAUGAGAGAAGUGAACUGAUUAGUGAAGGUCACCCCGUGGAAACGGACAGCGAGAGUGACUUCUCUGUUUUUGCCACCAGUUCAGCUGUGGAGAGGCUGUUCAGGGGGAAAAUGCCAGGCAUGGUGAAAGGCAGCCGGAGGAACUCUGAAGAAAGCGAAGUAAGUUGCACCGAAGGAAGCUUGACACCAAAGUUGGACAGCCGCAGACUGUUCAGUUCACACAAACUGAUUGAAUGUGAUACACUUUCUAGGAAAAAGUCAGCCAGACACAAGACUGACAGUGAAGGCUGUGGAUAUGCCAAGGGUGAGAAGGAACUGUCAUCAGUGACCAAAAUGUUUGACAUGAAGAAAGGAAAGUCAACCAGCAGCUUAGCAACCUCGCCCAGAAGUGAGCCCGAAAAGCAGGAACCUACGUGGAGACUGAAGAUUACUGACAGGCUCAAACUAAGGCUCAAGGCCUCUGCAGAUGAUAUGUUUGGGGUGGGCAGUCAGAAAUCAAACUCUGCAGAGACUGCCAAGAGAAAGAACAUCAGGCGAAGGCAUACAUUAGGAGGCCAGAGAGAUUUUGCUGAAAUCAGUGUUUUGAAUGCAUGGAAAGUACAAGAGAAAAAUCCAAACAGGGAGGAAGACUCUUCAGCAGUGAACCGGCUGAAGCCCAAAUGUCCAGCACAGGACCUCUCAAUUUCAGACUGGCUUGCACGAGAACGUUUACGCACGAGCACAACUGACCUUAAUACGGGUGAAAGUGGAAAACCCCAGCUGGAGAACACUAGCUUAGCAGAUUUAUCAAAAAUAGAGCUCUCUUUGCCUGCAGAGAAGCAUGCAGAGGACAGCAGUAGUUCUGGUAGUUCGGCUCUGGGUCCUAGAGCCUCAGUGUCGGGACCACCUCAGUCUGCACUAGAUCACAUCAAUGGAGAAGGCUACCAGAAUGUGAACAAGGGUAGCUUCAGUCCAGUAGUUGAUGCCCAUCCUCAUAAAUUAUCUGUGACCCAAGCAAUUAGAUCUCGGUUUCACCAGUGUAUUUGAAAUGGAGCAGUAAAUGUCCACUUCAGCAAUUCAAUAGUGGCCUCACUGUUAAUGU